UGGACACAUUCGAACAACAAGGAUUGACACAUUGAGGGUGAUACCUUGAGGGUUUAGGUUGGUUGAGGGGCAGUUCUAUGAGCGUAUGUGAAGCCCUCACAUGCUUGCGUGUGAAAAUGCCUAUACAAAUACAUUUUGAUUUGAUUGAUACAUUACUACAGAAAAAUGUGAAGACAACGAAUGAAGUAAAGAGAGAUAUGAGAAUGAUACCAGCCUGCCAUUCAAAUCAAAGAAAGAAAGAGCCAGCCUGUGCAAACAAGUUUGCACCUAGGCCCAUAAAAAAGGGUAAUGACACAUCUGUUCCCGCCACAUGGAAUUACAGAGGCAAGAGAGUGAACAAUGUCCUUUAUGAUUCUAAAGAGCCUGAAAAUGAUUGUGUUAUAAAUCACAUCAUUCGACUGAGAAAAAAGCUGGGUUGGAGCACGGAGAUACCUGACAGGAGAAUCAUGAGAGCAGUCAAACCAAAUAUGAAUUCACAGAGGGAAACAACAGAGCCAGCUGAGGAUACAGGAGAAUAUAUAUACUGUCUAAAGAGAUUCAGACAUGACACCAGUAUGCAGAGCAACCCAUAUGACCUUCAAGUCGUCUCCGUCCAAACAGCAAAACAGAAUCUUCAGUACUGGACCGUCAGCGCCUCAAGCAUUUUUAAGGUCUCUGUCCUGGAGGAUAGGCGUAGUGAAAUCAUACCAGUGAUGGAUUGGCUGUCUGAGAGGAAAUUGUUCAAUAAGAUAUUCAAGUUACCGUUCUUUAAAAAAUUCAGGAUUUGGAAAGCUUUUACCAUCUGGAAGGUCACUGUGUGCCAUUCAAAGUUUACAAAAUCAAAGGAUGUGCUGUGUAAAGAUCUGUUCAUUGUUGAUGAGGUCUUCUUGAGAUGCCUAGUUGAAAUCAAGGGUCUCUUUGAGAUGGCAAAAAAAAACACAAGACACAAAGUUCCAGGAAGUCCCAUUGUUCUAACCAAGUUAGAUAGGUCAGUCACAUAUUCCUUGCCGGAUUUCUGUGAGGUGCAGACGCAGCAGUGUGCUGUCGCAUUGAAACAGCUGCAUUGUCUUCAUGACCGAGUCGCCAGUUUGAUUCUGUCAGCUUGCAUGAAGGCAGCAGAAAAGCAGGGUGCAGAGCGGCUGUUUCUCCCCUUGGCCUCGGCCUCAGCUAGAAGGCCGUUGUAUUGCGAGGUGGGCGAGUGGAGAAGCCUCCUGAGGCGCUUCGGGCGUCUCCUAAACCUGGUGGACAGGAUGUUCGAAGAGCUGCUUUGUCACUUAGUGAAAACGGCCGCUUGUCUCUUGCUGUCAUUUCUGCAAGCGUCCUACAACGGCGGUGGGGAAUGUCAGAAGGGACAUGAGACAAAAAACAAAGUCCUUAAACCAAGUUCAACUCUCAAAGAUCAAACACUGUCAGUCAAGACGAUAGAACCUGAUAUCAAGAAGAAGGACAUGGCAAAGACAGAGAUCAAGGCUGUGUUUAUAGUGAACGUCCUGCUCUCAGUAAUGGUACCUGAGAGUAAAGAACUCAGAGAGACUGUGUCAUCCUCAUCUACCACAAGGCAGAGUCCAGAAACCACUGAAGAUACAGAGGACAGUAAACAGACUAUACAUGAGGAGAAUAUGGCUCCACAUCGGUCACCAAGCAAGAGUGCCAAAUUGUGCAUUCACCCCAGCCCUGAUGACUUUGAACAGCAAAUUCAAAAUAUGUUACAGACAUUCGAGCAAGUAAUUGCCGAUCAAAUGUCUUUCAACCAAGACCCGAGACUCCUCGCUUUGCGCUUGUGUCCUGUUUUUGAUCGUAAACUGUCCGUGGAUGACAACCUCGACAAGGAGAGUGCUCAGAAUGUCAGACCAUGGCCUGACCUGGAGCUACUGCUGGGAACCGAUGGGACAUACCAAUCGGACCUGUCCAGAAUUCUCAGGAUGGUCCAGAAAGGAGUGGAUGGAGUGGAGAAGCACUGCCAGAAGACUGAGAAGUUCUGCGGGAUGGUGGACGCAGCCAUGUUGACGGACAUUGACGCCUUCUUAGCUGGGGAGAAGUGGUCUAGCCAGGACAUCAGAGCUCUUCUGGCCAUGCACACAGAGAAUGUCCGCCUCAUGGAGAACAUGGAGAUGGAAGCGAGAGUCAACAUGAUGCUGGUCAGCUGCAAACAGUACCAGAGAAACUGUCUCCUCUAUCCCGAGGCCCUCCUCACCUCCAUACAUCGCACCCUACCUGCUGUCGCCCAGAGGAAGAACCUGGAGCUGAUGGAGGUGAUCAGAGGAGUAGUGAAGAAGCUGGACAAGGACCUUGUGACUGUGGAGGAGUUUGUUGAACAUCUAACUAUUCUCAGUCGGAUAUGUGUUCAAAUGCCGUCCCUAGUGAGGCAAUAUCAGUUUCUGAUUCAACUCUAUUGCAUCUUUAAAGAAUAUAACAUUUCCAUCUCCCCUGAGGAGCUUGCCUUGUACCAACACCUUGUCCCCAGCUUCCAGCAUCUAAAAUCUGCUGUCAUGAUAUGUGAAACCAAGAAGGAUGACAACGUUUUUAAAUUCAGUGCUGAUGUAAGCAAACAGCUGAAUCAGCUUCGAUAUGAUCUUGUUCUGGUAAAAAAGAAGGUUAACAAUCCCAUCCUCCUUUGCUCUAGCACACCUGCAAAAGUGGCAAAAAACGUCCUCCAAACCCUGUCGGGUGAGGCCACGUUCUUCUCCAGCAAAGCUCACAGCUACACCAGUUAUGGGGAGCUCCUGAGCAACUCUUACUCGUCGAAGGCUGUGAUGCGCAUGAAGCAGCCAAGAGGCCACCACACCGCUGCGCUGGAGGCUGAGCUCUCGGAAGUGGACUGUGCCCUCAGCCUGCUCCAGCUGCUGUGGGACAUGCAGGACGAAUGGGACAGGCAGCACUUCCUGUGGAGGACCACCACCUUCGAGCUACUCAACGUGGACGACCUGCAAAGUGACGUCAGCCGGUUUGUGCAGAGCAUUUACAUGCUUGAGAAAGGUUUACCUGAAAAUGAUAUAGUUCCCACCCUAAAACUGAAGGUUAUGGACUUCAAGCUUUGCCUUCCCAUCAUUGUAGCACUGAGAAAUCCUUACCUUUGUCCAAGACACUGGGCAGAUAUUCAGAGCAAUAUCGGGCGGUGUUUCAUUAAAGAGGAAAACUUCACUCUUGGCAACCUGCUGGAUUUAAAAAUUCUUCAGUUCAGUGAUUUCAUCGGAGACAUCUCCACCACCGCCACGAACGAGGCCACGCUGGAAGGGAUUCUGCACCGAGUCGUUGAGUUGUGGAGGGGCACGGACUUCCGACUGGUCACCCACCAGCUAGACACGUCCACGGUCAAGAUCAUUGCCUCCGCUGAUGAGGUGAUGGCCCAGUUGGAAGAGAGUCAGACCACCAUUAUGAGCGUCAAGGCCUCCCCCUAUGCAGGGCCCAUCAAGCAACUGAUUGAGGAGUGGGAGCGUAAACUGAACCAGUUCUCCCACACCCUGCAAGAGUGGGUCACCUGCCAGAAGAAAUGGUUGUAUCUGGAGCCCAUCUUCUCAGCUGGGGGAAUUCAGAAGCAGCUUCCGUCAGAGGCCAGGGUGUUCCUCCAGGUGGAUAAGUCUUGGAGGGAGAUGAUGCAGAGGACCGAGGACAGGCCCAACGCUCUGCGUGCCGCCACUGCCCCCGGUGUGCUGGAAGUGCUGCAGACCAGCAACGUGCAUCUGGAGAAGAUACACAAGUGCCUGGAGGAUUACCUUGAAUCCAAAAGAAUGGUUUUCCCCAGAUUCUACUUUCUGAGCAACGAGGAGCUGCUUGAUGUUCUCUCCCAGAGCAAAAACCCAGACGCCAUCCAGCCUCACCUGGCAAAAUGUUUCAGCAACAUACACCAUCUGGACAUCCAAGAACAAGCUUCAGUUCACAGUGUAGUUGUAUCAGUCCAGUCAGCAGAGGGUGAAAUUGUGGCCAUGCCAAAAAAUGUCCAUAUACGUGGGCCUGUGGAACAGUGGAUGGGUUACGUGGAAACAGCGGUGUACAACACUGUGAAGAGGCACUUAAAGAUGGGGGUUACUGACUGGAAGGCAAAGGACUUUAAGAAGUGGGUGCUCUCGCACCCUGGCCAGGUCAUCCUCACAGUCACCCAGAUCAUGUUCACCAAGGACUGUGUGGCCUGCUUCGGCAGUGGGGACAACGUGCAGGAGAGGCUGGUGAAGGUGGUGAAGCAGCCUCUGGGCCAGAGUGUGGAGGAGCUGGCUGACCUGGUUUCCCAGCCCCUGCCCUUCCACCAGCAGGCCACGGUGGAGGCCCUGCUCACCACCCUGGUCCACUGCAGGGACAUCCUCAGCCAUCUCAUCCAGCUCAGGAUCAGCAGCUCCCAGGACUUUGAGUGGUCAAGGCAAUUACACUAUGACUGGCAUGACAGCACCUCUGUGUGUUACGUGAUUCAUGCCAAGGCCUCCUUCAUCUAUGGGUAUGAGUACCUGGGCUGCUCUCCACGGCUGGUCAUAACCCCGCUUACUGACCGCUGCUGGCUCACCCUGACUGGGGCCAUCAGCCUGCAUCUGGGGGGCGCUCCAGCCGGGCCCUCUGGGACCGGCAAAACAGAGACGGUAAAAGACCUGGCCAAGGCUCUGGGGAAGUUUUGUCUGGUGAUGAACUGCUUCGAUAGUCUGGAUCAUAAGAUGAUGGGGAAGCUGUUGUCUGGCAUGGUGCAAUCAGGCUGCUGGUGUUGCUUUGACGAGUUCAACUUCAUCAAUGUGGAGGUGCUGUCGGUGAUCGCUGCCCAGCUGCAGGCCAUCCAGGCUGCCAAGCACAGUCACAGUUUGCGGUUUGUUUUUGAGGGAAGAGAUAUCCGUUUGAAUGAGUCAUGCGGAUUCUUUAUCACCAUGAAUCCGGGCUGUGUGGGUCGUGUUGAUCUACCAGACAAUCUCAAAUCCCUCUUUCGGCCCGUCGCGAUGAUGGUGCCAGACUUUGAUCUCAUCGCCGAAAUCAUUCUGUUUUCCGGAGGAUUCCAGUCAGCCAAAUCCCUUUCCAGGAAAAUUGUGAAUCUGUACAGGCUGGCCAGCAAGCAGCUGUCUCAGCAGGAUCACUACGAUUUUGGAAUGAGAGCAAUUAAGUCAGUUUUAGUUCUCGCUGUUCAGAGGAGGAGACAAGCAGCCAUGUUGCAGGUUCUGCAGUCGGAAGAAGAAAGUCAAAUCCUUAUCCGGACAUUACAAGAUUCUAAUUUACCCAGGCUCAUAUCGGAGGAUGUUCCUCUGUUCCAAAGCAUCAUGGACGACCUCUUUCCUGGAAUCUUUUAUCCCAAAACGGUUUAUCCUUGUCUAGAGAUGGCAAUCGCUAGGGCGACAGAAAUGCUGGGAUUCAUGGAGUGGCCAAACCAGGCAGAGAAAAUCACACAGCUGUACAGUCAGAUUUUGGCCAGAGGAGGGGUGAUGUUGGUGGGCCCUACAGGAGGAGGGAAGACCACAGCUAGACUCAUCCUGCAGCAUGCUCUUCUCCUUCUGCCAGCUCCGUCUGAACCUCAGAGGAGGAACAACCUUUUCAUGCAGAUGCCUCAAAACACCCGGGUUCACGUGGAGAGCUUCACCAUUAACCCCAAAUGUGUCAGCUUGGGAGAGUUAUAUGGCCAGGUGGACCCCAGCACCAUGGAGUGGUCAGAUGGCCUGGUGGCGUCUGCUGUGAGGGCCUACGCCAAGGAGCUGUUUAAUAAUGAUGUUGUGAAUGGCUCCACUUAUCCCCCCGCCACAAGCCAUCCUGACAGCCAGCCACCCUGCCCAGACGAUGCCGCGGUCAGCCACUGGCGUUGGGUAGUCAUGGACGGGCCGGUGGACGUUCUGUGGGUGGAGAACUUGAACACGGUUUUGGAUGACAACAGAACCUUGUGUCUGGUGAAUGGGGAGAGAAUAUGUUUGCCCGCAGGAAUCCGAUUCCUCUUCGAAGUGGACACCCUCUGCCAAGCAAGCCCUGCCACGAUCAGCCGCUGUGCCAUGGUCUACAUGGACCCCGUGGAUCUGGGUUGGAAGCCGUACGUCGAUCGCUGGCUGUCCCAGCUGCCCAGGCAGGUCAGCAGGGAGGCAAGGGCCUACCUCCUGAGGUUCUUCAACCACAGCAUGACGCAGGGCCUGCUCUUCAUCAAGAAGCACCAGAAACAGCUCAGUCUCUCCCUCCCUGAGAUCUCUAUAGUUAUGACCCUGUGUAGCAUUCUGGGAGGUUUCAUCAACUUUAUGCAGACUAAUGGAGGACUUGGUUUUUCUGGGCAAACCCUUGAUUCUGAGUCUGAAGAAGAAAUUGGGAAGAGUUCAGAGAACCAAAAUGACUUCUCUUCAGAAAGCGUAGAUGAUUUGAGAACAUGGAGGAAAGAGAAGUGGUUUCUAGAGAAAUACCCUGAAAAGCUGACAGUGCUUCUUGGGAAGCUGUUUGUCUUUGCCUAUGUCUGGGCAGUUGGAGGAGUUCUGAACCACAUCGAUGACUUAGAUGAUUCCUCAGUAACACUUAAAGACAAAAGCGAUCCUAUUUUAAAGGUUGGAAAGGCCUUUAAAACCCUGAUCCAGCAGUUAUUUGAGGGAGCAACACCUUGUAGUGUGACUCUUCCGGCUGGGAAUCGGGGAAUCUUCAACUUCUUUGUGGAUCUGCAGACGGGGGCCUUUGUCCCCUGGGAUGACCUGGUUCCCUCCAAUGAGAGUCUGAUUCGCAAAGGACUAAAAAUGUCUUCCGGUUCUGAAACAGCAAUAAGCAGAGGGACUGGAAAGUCCAAAGUCACAGAUGCCAACUGUCAACAAUCUGAACUGAUAUGCAGUCUUGACACUGUACGCUACUCUUUUAUAAUGAGCUUACUUUUGCUCAACAAACAACCAGUUCUUCUUACAGGGGAUUCUGGUGUUGGAAAAACAAUGAUUAUCCAAAGUGUUCUCAAACAAUUACAAAAGGAUGGCAGAGACAUGUCCAAGCUUGGGACCAUUCUUGGAAAAGUAUUUCUACACAACCAAGCCAAGUCAGCUAGCCUUUUGGAAGAUGUAACCUUGCUGACAGCUGGUUAUGGUGGAGAUGUUGAGAAGUCCGUCACUGGCGACUCACAAAACUUCUUGUUGGGAGUUUUGGGUAAAAUAAAAAAUCCAAGGCAGCACCCAGAAUCCUCCAGGAUCUUGACAAGAAGUGUUCAAUGUACUGCUCAGACCAGCACCACUGGUUUACAAGCUAACCUGCUACAGAACCUUGUCAGGAAAGGGAAGAAUAAAGUUUUACUCUUUGUUGAUGACCUGAACAUGCCAAUGCUAGACAGCUACGGUGCCCAACCUUCUAUGGAAUUAAUUCGACAAUUCAUUGAGCUCCAAGGACUGUAUGAUACAAAGACAUUAACCUGGAAGGGCAUCCAAAACGUGACUCUGUGCGCCGCGUGUGGCCCUCCAGGAUGUGGGCGCCAGGAACUCAGCCCUCGUCUCCUCAGGCACUUCUCCGUGCUGGCACUGCCCCAGCCAUCCACCAGCAGCAUGCAGCACAUCUUCCAGGUUCAGUUGGGCCAAUACUUUGAGCUGAGGGACUUUUCCAAAGAGGUGCGUAAAUGCAGAGGGUCUUUGGUGUCGGCCUCCAUUGCUGUGUACAGCGAGAUGUGCCAGCACAUGUUGCCCACCCCAGCCAAGUAUCACUACAUCUUCAACCUCAGAGACGUUGCCAAGGUGAUUCAGGGCCUAAUGCAAGCCGAUGACUCUGAGCUGAUCUCUGAGGAGGCCAUGGCCUACCUGUUUGCCCACGAGGCCUCCAGGGUGUUCCAGGACCGGCUGGUGUGCGACCAGGACAGAGAGCUCUUUCACCAGAUCCUGUCCAACGAGCUUCAGUUUCAUUUCAAGGUCUCCUGCUCGCCUGAGGAUCUUUUGAGGGAGCCUAUCAGGUUUGGAGACUUCCUGGACCCCAAUAUCCCAGCAUGCUCUCGGGUAUACAAGCAAAUGGCCGACCUUAAGAAAAUCCAGGUGCUUCUAGAAGAGUGCCAUCUAAGAAAUGGAAGAAAAAGCUCCCAGUUCCCCAUGGUGUUCUUUCCGGAGGCGGUGGAGCACAUUAUGAGAGCAGCCAGGGUGUUCAGGAUACCAGGAGCGCACGUGAUGCUGAUUGGCCUGGACGGCACAGGGAAGGAGGAGUGUGUGACACUGGCGUGCCGAGUGUCAGACUGCCACCUCUACAAGAUGUCGGUGCCAUGGAACUGCUGCCAAUUUGACUUCAGAGACAACCUGAGGAGGGUUUUUAGGCAGGCCGGGGUUCACCGCAGAAACACAGUGCUUUACAUCACCGAUGCAGACCUGGUCCAGGAUUCGGUCCUGGAAGAUCUGAACUGCAUUUUAAAGUGUGGGGACGUACCUGGCCUCUUUGACAAUGACGAGAUUGAUUCGUUCUCCCAGGACCUCAAGACCUCAGCAGACGGCUGUGUCCGUGGAAACAGAGACGAUGUGUACUCUUAUUUCAUCCAGCAAGUGCGCCAGAGGCUGCACAUAGUUGUGGCUGUGAGUCCAGCAGGCCAGCAUCUGAGACAGUAUUGCAGGACUCAUCCCUCCCUGCUCACCUGCUGCUACAUGGACUGGUACAGCGACUGGUCCUCAGAGGCCCUGCUGCAGGUGGCCAGCAGCUCCUGCAUCGACUCCAGCGACUUUGACAGCCUUGGCAAGGUUCUCCAGGAGAAGAUUGCGAGAGGCUGCGUUGAUAUUCACAACACUUCCACCAAAACGGCAGUGGCCUUCCUGCAGGAGACGAGAAGGCCAUACUACAUUGUUCCUAGCACGUUUAUCACAUACAUAGUCACCUUCACAAACAUGUACCAGUCUGAGAGAUCAAAGCUCCACAAUAUCAGAGCUCGCUUCUCUAAUGGACUGGACAUACUGUUGGAGAUGACAUCCCUGGUCACGCUCAUGCAAGAAGAGCUGGUGGAGCUGGGCCCACAGAUAGAGGAGAAGUCCAAGGAAGUAGAAACGUUGAUGGAGAAGCUGAAAGAAGAUUCCAGGGCCGUGAGUCAGGUCAGAGCCAUCGUGAAGAGGGAGGAGGAGAUAAUGACUCAGGAAACCCAGGUUGUGCAUGAAUAUGCAGAGGCGGCCAGGGCUGAUUUGAAUAAAGGAUUGCCACUGCUAGAGAGAGCAGUUUCGGCUUUAGAUGCUUUGGAAAAAAGUGACAUUUCAGAAAUAAGAGUCUACACAAAUCCACCAGACUUGGUGCUGACAGUCAUGCACGCUGUGUGCAUCCUCCUGCAGGAGACGCCAAGCUGGCCCACUGCUAAACAGUUGCUAGGAGACCCCGGCUUCCUCAAGAAGCUAGUCAGCCUCGAUAAAGACAGCAUACCUGACAGGGUGUUUGUGCUCUUGAGGAGGUACUCCAAAACCCCCGGCUUUACUCCCCAGAAGGUGGGGAAGGUGUCUGUGGCGUGCCGCUCCAUGUGCCUCUGGGUCCUGGCUCUAGAACGCUACCAUGACGUGUCGCAGAUAAUGAAACCAAAACAGAGGAAGGUGGAAGUGGCCCAGGAGGCGUUGGUGAUUGCCCAGACUCAUCUGAGAACCAAGAAAAGCAAACUGUUGAAGAUUGAGCAGCACCAGAGGACCCUGGAGGACCGGUUCAAUGCCAGUGUGUCAGAGCGGAAGGAACUGGGGAUACGCAAGGAGCUGACCACGAGCCGCCUGCUGACAGCUGCCGCCCUCAUAUCAGCCUUGUCCAAGGAAAAGAAUCGGUGGGAGGCGGCUGUGGCGGAGCUGAACAGCAAGCUGAAGAACGUUGUCGGUGACGUCAUGAUGUCGGCUGCGUUCAUCACUUACUGUGGUCCGCUAAUGGCGGACUAUCGCAAGUCUGUAGUGAAGCAGUGGUUAUACAUCUGCCACAGUGUUGAGAUCCCAGUUUCAGCCCAAUACUCGUUCCUCUCCAGCAUGACAGACAAGAACCAGGUCAGCCGCUGGCGGAACACAGGCCUGCCUCCGGACCGCAACUCCUCGGAGAACGCGGUGAUGGUGGAGAGCGGAGGGCUGUGGCCUCUCCUGAUUGACCCCCAGGGCCAGGCCACGCGCUGGGUCUGCAGCAUGGAGGGAGCCCGGCUCAGGAGGGUCACGGCCUCUGACGCCAACCUGAUGAGCACGUUGGAGAGGGCUAUACGGAUGGGAGACCCCGUCCUCAUUCAGGAUGUGCAAGAGACCAUAGACCCCUGCCUUCACCCAAUCCUGAUGAAGGACAUAAUCAUCCGCGAGGGUCAGUCACUAAUCAAAGUCGGCGACACUGAAAUCGAGUAUAAUCCCAACUUCAGGCUGUACCUGGUCACCCGCCUGCCCAACCCCCACUUCCUGCCGGCCGUAUGUAUCCUGACCAGGCUCAUCAGCUUCUGGGUGGAGCGGGAGGGCCUGCAGGAGCAGCUGCUGUCCUCCGCCGUGUCCCUGCUGCGGCCUCGGCUGGAGGAGGAGCACGGUUGCCUGCUCCACACCAUCACCGCCGACCUCUCCAGCCUCUACCAGAUGGAGAACAGGUCCCUGCUGCUGCUGCAGGGGACCAGGGGACACAUAUUGGAUGACCAGGACCUCAUAGAAAACCUCCAGAACUCCAGGGUCACGGCGUUUGAGAUCUCCAUGCGGCUCGACGUGGCCAAAGAACAGGAGAAGGAGAUGGACGAGGUUCGCAGGAAGUUCCUCCCCAUAGCCAACCGGGGAGCAGACCUCUACUUUGUCUUGGCCCACCUCCCCCAGAUCAACUGCAUGUACCAGUUCUCCCUGGACUGGUUCAAGGAGAUGUACAUGAAGGCCAUCCAGCUGGCUACAGGAGGCCAGGAAGGUCCCUCUCUGGACGUCUCCAACCCGGUGACGGGCACCCUGCGCCCAGACAGCGCCCGGUCCUUGAGGAAGAGGGACGCGCCCAUCCUGGAGGACUUCAGCUCCCACCUCCUCCGCAUCAUGGAUGUCAUCACUGAGACCAUCUACAAGGAAGUGUCCCUGGCCCUGUUCACCGACCACCAGCUCUGCUUCUCCUUCCUCAUCUGUCGUAACAUCCUGCAAACCAAACACCUCACCUCGCCGGAGGGAGGGAAACAGGAAAUACAUCCAGAAGAGUGGAGAAUAUUCUUGCACUCUGCUGUGUUGGCCAGCAUAAUGGAUGCAAAGAGAGCCCAGCGUGAUGAAGGUGAGCCGGGGGUGGAGCGUCCAGACCACCUGUGGCUGACUGACUCCAUGUGGGCUCAGUGCCAGUACCUCUCCGCCCAGCUGGCCUGCUUCGCCCACCUCCACAAGUCCAUCCAGAUCAACGUAGAUCAGUGGGCUCUGUUCAGGUCGGCCGCAAAUCUGUACGAGUUCCUGAGAGAGCCCUACAUCUGCGACACUGAUGCAGACCAAGCCUCCACCAAGCAGGACAGUUAUCUGACCAAGUGUUUUAGGGUCUUUCCCUGGGAGAACCUAUCUGGCUUCCAAAGGAUCAUUCUGAUCAAGGUCCUGCGACCGGAGUGUCUGACGUUGUCAGUGAGGGCGUUCGUCACAGAGAAGAUGGGCUCAAAGUACCUGGAGGGAGGGCAGGUGUCUCUGAGGGAGGUGUACCAUCACUGCACUGCAAACACACCCAUAGUCUUCAUCCUGUCCCCUGGUGUGGACCCAGCCUCCCAGCUGGUGCGGCUGGCCCAGGAGCUCCGCGGCAGCAGCCUGCACCUGGACAUGGUGUCCCUGGGCCAGGGCCAGGGCCCAAGGGCCAACGAGCUCAUCUACCAGGCCCAGGUCCUGAAGGGCCGCUGGGUCUUCCUCCAGAACUGUCAUCUGGCCGCCUCCUUCAUGCCCAGGCUGCAGAAUAUAGUGAACUCAUUGAAAGGAAGAGGGUUGGAUCUGGACCCCCACUUCCGCCUCUGGCUCUCUUCCAAGCCUGACCCAGGGUUUCCUGCCUCUGUCUUGCAGAGCACCAUCAAGGUGGGUUUGGACCCUCCCCGGGGUGUGAAGGAGAAGUUGCUCCACACCUUCAGCCCCAGCGGAGAGGCAAGCGAGAGGACCUUCUCUCAGGCAGACUGCAGCCCCCACUGGAAGAGCCUGCUCUUCAGCCUGUGCUUCUUCAAUGCCAUCGUCCAAGAGAGGGCCAAGUUCGGGCCCCUGGGCUGGAACGUCCCCUACACCUUCACCUCCUCCGACCUCGAGGUGUCCAUCAUGAACCAGGAGCGCCUCUUGCGUGGGGUGGAUGGCUGUGCGUUGCCAUGGGCGGCGCUGUGCUACCUGACAGGGGAGGUGACCUACGGGGGCCGUGUAACCGACCCCUGGGACCGCCGCUGCCUGAUGGCCGUCCUCCAGCACUGCUACUCCCCCCUCGUGCUCCAGGAGGGACACGGGCUCUGCCCCGCCCCGGGGUACCCAGCCUUCCCCAGAGAAGCCAGCUGGGCUGAGUGCCGCUCCUACGUAGAGCACCUGCCCGACCAGGACCUGGCCCAGGCGUUCGGCAUGGACAACCAGGCUGAGGCUGUUGUCCUGCACAGCCAGAGCCAGCUGCUGCUGCACAACAUCCUCGCCAUGCAGCCGCGCCUCAGCGACAGCAGCUCGCUGGCCAGAGAUGGACAGAGCCAGGAUGGAGAUGUCCUUCAGAUGGCCUCCUACAUAUUAAAGAAGCUUCCAGAGACUGUGGAGGCUGACCAUGUGACAGAGAGAACCCUCCUCCUGAAGGAUAUCAUAGUCAGAGUCAACACUGCAGCGGAAGUAGGUGCGGAGCGCCCCUCCAUGGCCUCACUCGCCCUAACCUCGUCCUCCCUGGCCUCGUCAGCCCUGGCCUCGUCCUCCCUGGCCUCAUCAGCCCUGGUGGUGGUCCUGCGCCAGGAGCUGGACCGAUUCAACCGUCUGCUAAGAGUGGCUCGCUCCUGCCUGCUGUCUGUGUGCUCAGCCCUGAGGGGAGAGCUGCUGAUGAGCCCCAGUCUGGAGGAGGUCUGCAACGCUCUGCUUUCCAUGCUAGUGCCCUCCGCCUGGCAGCACUGUUCCUACGAGUCCUGUCAACCCCUGGGGUCCUGGGUUCUGGACCUGGAGCAGAGGGUGUAUUUCUUCAGACUCUGGGCUGACCACAUCAAAACCACCCUCAUGGAAAGCGGGUUGACUCCAGGUCUCAGAACUGGAGUCUACUCUCUCGGCCUCCCAGCCAAGCCUGACCAGCAGAGCAGCCAUCGCAGGAGGAAGCCUCGCAGCUACUGGCUGUCUGGCUUCUUCUUUCCCCAAGGUUUCCUCACGGCCGUGCUGCAGGACAGUUCCCGUCAGAAGAACCUGGCUGUAGACUCCUUGUCCCUCACCUACCGCGUCCAGCCCAGUGACGCGUCGCCCUGCGCCUGGAGCAAAGAGGCCGACAAAACCAAGCUCUUCUUUGAGGGCUCCGCCCCGCCGGGUGAGGGGGUGCUGGUGUACGGGCUGUACCUGGCUGGGGCCGGCUGGGACCCGCUCUCCCACUCUCUCCAGGAGCUCCAGCCCAACGUCCAGCACUGUCCCCUGCCUGAGAUGCACGUCCUGCCCUGCCUGAUAUCAGAAGAUAAGGCAGUGCCGCCUCCAGAGUCUGUAGAAGACCCCCAGCUCUACGAGUGUCCCCUGUACCGCACCUCCCAGCGCGGCGGCUCUCUCUCCACCUCCGGAACCUCCUCAAACUUUGUCACGGCCGUCUCUCUGCCCAGCAGGGAGCCCGCCGCUCACUGGAUCCUCCGGGGCGCAGCACUCCUCUGCCAGCUGGACAACUGAGCUCACGGCUAC